AUGACACAUAUCACGCUAGGACAAGCCAUCUGGGCCUCUGUCAGACCAAUCAUCAAGAUCUACCUGAUUAUUGGUGUGGGCUUCGGUUUAUGCAAGAUGAACAUCUUGACCGUCCAGGCCACGAGAUCCAUCUCUGAUAUCGUCUUAACGGUUCUGCUUCCUUGUUUAUCGUUCAAUAAAAUCGUAGCAAAUAUAGAGGAUAACGAUAUUAAAAACGUCGGUAUCAUUUGCCUGUCGUCUGUUCUGCUUUUCGCCACUGGCCUUGGGUUUUCCUUCAUCGUUAGAAGUGUGCUUCCUGUCCCCAAGAGAUGGCGUGGCGGUAUUCUUGCAGGUGGCAUGUUUCCCAAUAUCAGUGAUUUGCCCAUUGCUUAUUUGCAGUCCAUGGACCAGGGGUUUAUCUUCACGGAAGCGGAGGGUGAUAAAGGAGUCGCCAACGUUAUUAUCUUCCUGGCCAUGUUUUUAAUCUGCGUCUUCAACCUGGGUGGCUUCAGACUGAUUGAAAAUGACUUCAACUACAAGGGCGAUGACGAUGAGGAAAAUACUUUGAUCGAUCAAGAUCAAGACUCAACCCAGCAGCUAAAACCACCCGUUGAGGGCGGCUCUUCUUCUUCAUCCAACCAAGACAUUUUGAAAGAGCCAAAUGAAUCCACUGUUCCAAAUAGUUCACAAGCAAGCUACAUUUCUGAGAAGGAGAGUAAACAGGAAAAAUUUUCAGCUACCGCUCCCAAACCUACUCAAGCUGUGUUCCCAACAGCAAGUAACAUGAGCAUGAAUUCAUCCGCGGUAGUGUCCAUCGAUAGCAUCACACACUCUCUGCACACAACCCGCAUGGAUACGCAGUCCUCUGACCAACUAAAUAACCCCACGUAUAGAACUAGGAGUCAACCAAUCGCAUAUACCACUGAAUCAACCACAGGCAAUCGCAAGAAUAGCCGCAGAAACUCCAUUACUGGCUCUUUACGUUCCGUGGAUAUGCGUGAGCUACCCGCUGAAGAUAUGAAUGAUUUGAUUCGUGAGUACUCAAACGUUGACCGGUACGGUAAGAGAAGGAGAAGUUCUCUUAGCUCUCAAAGACCGUCUUCCAUCAUGGGGAACCAGGCAGACAACGCUCUUUCUCCCAAUCUGUCUAGAACCUCCACUAUACAAAGAGUGAAGGCUUCUAAUCUAACAAGAAUUAUUACUUCAGAUGCUACUGUCAGUAAGAAAGAUAUCGAUACUUCAGGAUCGUCUUUACCAAAAUGGUUGCAAAAUUUUCCCUUGACCAAGUUUAUUGUAUUUUUUUUGAAAAAUUGUUUAAGACCUUGCUCCAUGGCUGUCAUCCUGGCGUUAAUCAUCGCCUUCAUCCCCUGGGUUAAAGCCUUAUUCGUCACUUCGAAGCAUACCCCAAAGAUUAAACAGGCUCCAGACAAUGCACCCGCUUUAGCGUUCAUUAUGGACUUUACCUCUUAUGUGGGAGCUGCCUCAGUGCCAUUCGGUUUAAUCCUAUUAGGUGCCACUCUGGGUAGAUUGAAAAUUGGGAAAUUGUAUCCGGGUUUCUGGAAGGCUGCUGUGAUCUUAGUGUUCAUUAGACAAUGUAUCAUGCCCAUUUUUGGUGUCUUAUGGUGCGAUCGUCUGGUGAAAGCAGGUUGGUUGAACUGGGAAGACGACAAGAUGUUACUGUUUGUUACUGCGAUAACUUGGAAUUUGCCAACCAUGACUACCCUAAUCUAUUUCACAGCGAGUUUCACCCCUGAAGAUGAAACUGAACCCGUUCAGAUGGAAUGCACUUCUUUCUUCUUGAUGCUUCAGUAUCCUCUGAUGGUCGUUAGUUUACCAUUUUUGGUGUCUUAUUUCAUAAAGGUACAAAUGAAACUAUGA